AUGGCCUCAUGUUCAUUCGGAAAAUCAUCCCAUUUCGCUCUUCCCGCACCUGCCGCCUUCCCUCGCACUCCUCGUUUCCGCUCUCUCACCUUUCUCUUGCCCUUUCUCACUCGCAUGCACCCCCCUCUCCCUGCCUCACCACCUCACCGCCCUCCUCCCUUUGUAACCCGCUUCUCCACCCCCCCGCCUCUUCUCUUAUCCCUCCCUGGCAGGUCUGCACAAGCCAAUGGGAGAGCAGCGGGCGAGCAGCAAGCAACGGGGAGUGCCAAGGCGGGCAGCAGGGCAGCAGCGCCGGCCUCAUCAACGGUUGAGGUUGCAGUAUCGCCCCGCCACCACACUCCACAUGAGCCCCCUCCCCCUCAGGCCUGCACAAGCCAAAGGGAGGGCAGCAGGCGAGCAGCAAGCGAGGGGGGCGCCAAGGCAGGCAGCAGGAGCGCGGGCAGCAGGGCAGCAGCGCCGGCCUCAUCAAUGGUCGAGGUUGCAGCCUGCACAUUGCACAAGCCAAGGGGAGGGCAGCAGGCGAGCAGCAAGCGAGGGGGGCGCCAAGGCGGGCAGCAGGAGCGCGGGCAGCAGGGCAGCAGCGCCGGCCUCAUCAAUGGUCGAGGCCUGCACAAGCCAAAGGGAGGGCAGCAGGCGAGCAGCAAGCGAGGGGGGCGCCAAGGCAGGCAGCAGGAGCGCGGGCAGCAGGGCAGCAGCGCCGGCCUCAUCAAUGGUCGAGGCCUGCACAUUGCACAAGCCAAGGGGAGGGCAGCAGGCGAGCAGCAAGCGAGGGGGGCGCCAAGGCGGGCAGCAGGAGCGCGGGCAGCAGGGCAGCAGCGCCGGCCUCAUCAAUGGUCGAGGUUGCAGUAUCGCCCCGCUACCACACUCCACAUGAGCCCGCUCCCCCUCAGGCCUGCACAAGCCAAAGGGAGGGCAGCAGGCGAGCAGCAAGCGAGGGGGGCGCCAAGGCAGGCAGCAGGAGCGCGGGCAGCAGGGCAGCAGCGCCGGCCUCAUCAAUGGUCGAGGUUGCAGUAUGGCCCCGCCACCACACUCCACAUGAGCCCGCUCCCCCUCAGGCCUGCACAUUGCACAAGCCAAGGGGAGGGCAGCAGGCGAGCAGCAAGCGAGGGGGGCGCCAAGGCGGGCAGCAGGAGCGCGGGCAGCAGGGCAGCAGCGCCGGCCUCAUCAAUGGUCGAGGCCUGCACAAGCCAAAGGGAGGGCAGCAGGCGAGCAGCAAGCGAGGGGGGCGCCAAGGCAGGCAGCAGGAGCGCGGGCAGCAGGGCAGCAGCGCCGGCCUCAUCAAUGGUCGAGGUUGCAGCCUGCACAUUGCACAAGCCAAGGGGAGGGCAGCAGGCGAGCAGCAAGCGAGGGGGGCGCCAAGGCGGGCAGCAGGAGCGCGGGCAGCAGGGCAGCAGCGCCGGCCUCAUCAAUGGUCGAGGUUGCAGUAUCGCCCCGCCACCACACUCCACAUGA